AUGUCAGCCACCUUGACAUUGGGCGAGAGCGAGGCAGCGGCGUGUGAGGGUGCAUCAACAUCAAGUGGUGAUGGGCUAUCAGACGCGAACACUGCAAGUCUUGUCGCCAGCAAAUCGAGCACGGCGAAGAAAGCCAAGGAUAAACAUGAGCGGCAACAAAAUAUUCGUCAGCUCUUUGCUGCCACUGGCCGGAUGAGCUGGUACGAUGAGACAAUGGAACCCUCCUGGGGCGAGGACCCGAUCUCGCUGGAUAAUGUGGUCGACAUCUGUGAGCAGAUCUUGUGGGAGCUGCAUGAGACCAACUGGUGCUGCGAGUUACGUGCAUUGAAUGCUCAUCUCUUGGACAUGAGCAAAUGGGGCUCUUUACAUCAGUGGGAACGCGAGGCACAAGUGGCCAAGGUGUGGGAUAGACGUGCCACCAGGUCAUGA